CUCGUCCAAGUGACUCAGAGUCCACUGAGAGAAAGAGGGACGCGGAGGAGAGCAGCAGUGUGGCAGUCAGCAUCAGUUACUUUGGAUCACUUCCACUGAGCAGAAGAGGUGAGAGAUGAUCGGCAGCCUCUCUGCUGAACUCUCACAGGGCUGACUGGCCACCACACACUGAUCAUCUCUGACUCUGUUUCCUACGACUCUCCAGCAACAUGAGCUCCCCAUCAGCCAACCUUCACAACAAACGCCUACCCUCGGAGACCGAGCGUGGCCAGAGGCUCUCAGAUGUGGACGCAGCGCAGCAACUCAAGUUGAAAGAGAGACAGCGUUUCUUCGAGGAGGUCUUCCAGCAUGAUGUGGACGUCUACCUGUCCUCGGCGCACCUUUGUAUCCGAGACUAUAAGAGACCUCCAAUUGGCAGCAUCUCGUCCAUGGAGGUGAACGUGGACUUGCUGGACCAGAUGGAGCUGAUUGACAUCUCUGACCAGGAGGCUUUGGAUGUCUUCUUCAGCUCUGGGGGAGAAGAGGGGGUGCUAACCUCCCCACUGCCAGUCCAAGGAAACAACAACAACAACGAGGAAGUCAUCAGUAAUGGACUCUUUCGACAUGUCCUUGAGGGUCUUGAUGCCAAGUCCCGCAUGUCCUCCACAUCUUCAAACUCCUCCUCCGACAGUCAGACCAACAAUGCCAACGGAGGAGACACCCCUGUGGUCAGGUCAGACGAUGAGGAAACACAUACCACAGUCAAGCGAAGAGCUGCGCCUCCAGAGAUAGAGAAGGUGAAAAGUCAGCCAUCGUCUUCAUAGGACAUACCCUCUCCACAAUAGAUCUUCACCUGCAGAACGGCAGUUGACACCUUGGCUGGGGGCAAAGAAUGGACUUUGGGAUGCCAGCAAUUGAAAGAGGCCUCUCAGCUGCGACUGUCUUCUACACACUGGCUCUUAUCACUGCUUCCAACUUUUCUUUUUUUUUGAUUUAUAAGUUGUAGGUUGAGUUCUGGUUGUGUUUUGGAGGUGGACCAUGAACUGUAAAUAUGGAGAUUUCCUAUUAAUUCUUUCCAUUCUUGUUUUGGCAUGUUUAGAAGGACAAGAUUUGCGCCCCUGUUUCUGACCUCACAGGACUUGUAGUUGAUGAACAGUGAAUUUUGUACAGUAUUAACACAACCCAGGACAGCAAAGCAGUGCCUGGAAUAAAAAAUAUAUAAUUGGAUGAAGUAUGACUUGAGGUAAAUUUGGCAACAAGAGGCUUCAGAGUAUUAAAUGUAUUGUUUUUGAAAGCAACACUUUGUCCUGACAAUGCAAAUUCUCAGUUUUCUAGCUCUAAUUUGAAAUGAAUCUCUCACAAGAUGUGUUUGUUUUAACAAUAAAGGAAGAGAGGAAAAUGUA